ACUGGCUAAUUUAAUGUUGGGGGGGAUGGGGCGGGGGGUAAUCCUGCGAUGGAUUAGCAUCCCAUCCAGGGGGGUAGAAGAAAUACUCCGCGCCAGCCCAACGGGCCAUUUGCCUCGUAUGUAGACUUCAAUUCCACUUCCGAGUUGCCAUACAUAUAGGUGACAUACAUAUUCAUACGAAUAGUUUCGCACAAAGACUCAUUUUGACACAAAGGCAAAAGUAAGCUUGGAAUUGGCCUAUUCUCCAUGGCUAACUUAGGGAGCUUUUGAUUUUGCUUCUCCAAACGUGGGCUGCGUAGCUACCCAAUCCACUACCCAUAAAUUCGCCACUGCGGACUGUUUGCUGAUCAAUACAUGCUAUUAGCAUAUAGCAGUCAUCGUUUCAAAAGGGCCAGUCAAUCCUUCACCGCGGCUGCUCUAGCAUACAGGUUCGACUGCAUUAUAAAUUAUUUUAUUUUGUAGGUCUUCAGAGCUCGACCUGGAAAAACACUUUCCGUGCAUUUUCGGUCGAUUGCAGGAAGUGAAUUUGAGCUAAAUGUUACAGCUGGAAGUGCGCACAACAACACCAUACUCAUUAGGAUUACAGAUGAGUACAAUGGAAAGACGGUAAAAACUGCUUCUAGUUCUGUCUUGGACAUUUCUUUCUAUUCUAAAGGCAAUUCCAAAGUUCCUGCCAAUCUGGAGAUGAUCAUAGUGGAAGAUCAAGAGUCGCCUCCAUCCUUUCUAAUAUCAAACAGUACUUUCUCCAACAACUUUAAGACCGGAAUUGCAGUAUAUGACCUGAUGGGCUGUUUUCAAAUUUUUAACACGGUGGCGUCGAAAAAUGGUGGUGUUGGCCUACAUAUAAGCGGAGUACACGGGGGAUUCCAUGUCGUAUCAUCUGUGCUUGCUGAUAACCAAAACCAUGGCGCGCACAUUGAAAACGUGUCAGGAUCUUUGGUAUUUAAAACUGUCACAUCCUCGAAAAACCACCAAUCAGGAAUCGUAAUCGAGUCAGGAACUUUAUCUUUCUUAAUGACUGACAGUCAUGUGAACGAGAACUUGGGUGAAGGCUUAUACAUCUCAAACCCACUCGACUCUACUAUAAAUAUCUCCAACACAAAGUUUCUUCGCAACAGCGGAGGCCAAGGAGUUUAUUUCAAGGACUUCCGUGAAGAUUGCCAGAUUCUUCUUUCAGACAUAACUUCACUUGGAAACUCACAGAACGGUGCUUUGUUUGAAAGAGUAAGAACCAAGAGUAUGAACGUAACAUCCUCCUCGUUUGACGGAAAUACGUUACAUGGCGUACAUGUUAAAGAGGUUUUCACGGGUAGCGUUAAUUUGCAGGAAAUUUCCACAUCUUACAAUUUGAAAACAGGCCUGGUUUUCUACCAAGGAGUCAGCAGCAUGAACAUAGAAUCGUGGUCUUCCAUUGGUAACCAAAUUGAUGGNUUUUCCUUAGAGAACCAAGAAGGACAACUGACUUUAAAGGACUGUUAUGUUUAUGGUAACAAACGGAACGGACUGUGGCUUGUGGAUUCUUUUGACGCUCGUCUUCAGUCUGCCCAUCUUCAGAACUGCAGUGUUUUGAAAAGCAAUCGUUAUGGGGUCUUAUUUGGUCUGAUGUAUGGAUUUCGACAAGGUGUCGAGGACUAUGCUGUUACAGUGGCCAAUUCUACAAUUGCCAAUAACGAGCUCGGUGGUUGCUGGUUUUAUCCUUCCGGCUGCAGAUGGUACUCUAGUUAUCCACGUCACAGAAGCGUUCAACUUUCAUUUACCGGAAACACGGUCGAGGGAAACCAGAAAUUCGGUAUUUACAUCUAUGGUCCAGAAUGGUACGAGCUAAGUGCUGUCUUAGCAAAUAACGAGAUCAAGAACAAUAGUGGUUAUGCACUGAAGGUGGCUUACUAUGACAAUUACUGUUCCGACGAUUAUUCCUUUCCUGCCCAUGUGAGAGUUCUAUCCAGUACCUUCCUCAAGAAUAUAGGAGAAUAUACUGUUUUCGUUGACUACAAUGCUUUUCCCACAAAGCGGUACAUCGUCUUCAACAAUAACUCAUUCAUCGAGAACCGAGCCAUCCAGUCAUUCUCCAGCAGCUAUGUUCGUACUAAAACACAAGCAGUUUUAGCCGUAAAAGAAGGGACAAUCACCGUGGAGCAUAAUUCGUUUGUCAAUCCUUUGUUUCCUCACGAAAUGGCAACUCUCCUUAGAGAUCACGAACGAGUCAUUCAGGCUAGGGAAAACUGGUGGGGCUCAAGGGACGAAUGCAAAGUAAAAGAAAGGAUUUUUCACUUCGGCGAUCGAAUCGAACUAGCACAGAUUCAGUACUACCCAUUUCUGGAUUCCGUUCAUUCUAACACAGUUAAGGUCCACAAUGGUACCCGUCGUCUCUGUUUCGUUCAAGGAAAUAAGUUAGGUGGAACACUGAACCAAACAGUCACCUUACCAAAAGACAGUGACACUUACCAAGUAGUCGGGGAUGUCAUAGUUCUACCUAAUGGCGUCCUUACCGUUGAAGAAAACGUCACAUUGGGAUUUCCAUUGCAAGCCGUUUUCAUUGUUUUUGGUCAGGUUGUCAUCAAAGGUACAGAGAGCAAGAGGGUAAAGCUUGUGCCUAAGAAACCUUUGCAAAAGGAAAUAAGACUCGUUGGCAGUCCUGACCCAUGGGAUGGAGUACUUGAAAUAUGGUUCAAUAACAGAUGGAUGCCGGUGUGCCUAACAAGAUAUCACUAUGUGUCUACUAUAGUAUGCAGGCAGUUAGGAUAUGAAGCACUAAGUUACGUUUAUCGUAACUCAAAUGGAAACGAGACCUUUCUCCAUAAUGUUCGAUGUGACACAGAUGAAAGUGACAGUAUUAUACAUUGCAACAGGAACAACUGGGUCGCUUCAUCAUCAUGCUCCAGCUAUGUCGGGUAUAUUCGUUGCAAAACUCCUUAUUGGAGCGGUGUUCACUUGACGAUAACACCAAAGAAAAGUGACAUCAGAAAUGUUGACAUAGACUACGCAGGCUUCGCCUACAGAGACGACCUCAGCAUUCCUGGUAUUGCUUUAAGGGUGGACGUCAAUCAGAACAACAUCAACGGCGUCUUGGUGAAUAAUUCUGCCAGCAGGGGCUUGCAAAUGAUGUAUCCAGAUCCCUUUGAUGUCACUCCUGACAUCAUAAACUCGACAAUAACCAACACUGAGGGGUCUGGAGUACUUCUGGAAUCUCCCUUUCUGAAUCUCACAGCUACUAAUGUUGUAAACACCAAAGGCUACGGGUUUACGUAUUAUUAUAGCUGGAAGCCCCUUAACGACCAUGUGUUCAAAAUAGCGGACAUGAGUGUGAAGAAGAACAUCAACGUGUGCUCUGGAAAUGAUACUUUUAUCGAUGAUUUUAGCGUAGUGUAUUACCUGGUUGUGAGAACAAAAAGCCGCCGUGCCUGUAAGAAGGUGAUCACAGUUCCAAAGGAUUAUAGCGUUGGAAUGCAAUUAAUCCAUCAUGAUGUGCGAUCGUCGUCAGUUUUUCACGUCUACAGUGGAACAAGCAAGACAUUAAGGGCUUUUUGGGAUGUUCACUCACUAAGCUGGAGAACCCGUCCUGCCUGGAAAACAAACUCAAGCUCAGUCCUUUUAGAAAGCUCAGAUUUUUACUACGAUUACUUUAGCACGGUGCACUUUGUACUGUUUCUUAUCAAAGAACCAGACAGAGCAAAGCAGUGGUUGACAUCGCCGAACCUGAUCAUUUCGAAAUGCAAUUUUAUCAGCAACGUUUAUGGCGGGAUCUAUUUAGGUGGUGAACACUCAGGAAACGUUCAGAUCCAAAGCUCAGUUGUACAAGACUCACCCGCUAACGGUGUCACAACGGCUUUUUUACAUGUUGAAAACCUUAACCUGUUUAACUGUUCCUUUAUUGGAAAUCAGGUUGGGAUUAGACUUUCUUCGUUUUCGGGCAACGUUAAUAUUGAAAACACCGACGUUUCAAACUCGACUUCCAAUGCCCUUUACAUAGUUUCGGAUGGUCAGAAAAUGGUCCAUUUCCUAAACAGUAGCGUCAUUCACAGCGAGGGAUUUGGAAUUUAUCUGAAAGGUAAUUACGAAGACGCAAGUCUUUUUGCAAUCAAUAGCUUUUUUGGGUGGAACAAAGCUACCUCAGUUUACUCAGACAUUCGUUACGCCCGAUACACUCCUGAUGGAUCACAGGCAUCCUUUAAAAACUGUACAUUUUUAAUGAAUCAGGGCCCUGUAGUAAACAUCGAUGAAUCCCCGAAGUUUUAUCCAUGGGAAUUUGAAGGUAACAUUUUCAUGAACAACACACAGAAUUCCGUUAUCAUGACGACUAGAUAUACAGAUGAUCGAUUUUCGCCUGGACUCUUAGUUCGACGAAAUAAGUUCUUAUUUAACUUUUUCCAAGAGAAAGGAGUCAUUUAUGUUAGAGGAGGCACAAAGGAGUUGAUCAUUGAUGGAAACGUAUUCGAAGGAAACUACGGACGGUCUGUGUUUGUGGAAGAACAGUCUUUUUUUCGAGCUCCUGCCGCAAUUCAAUAUAACGUUUUCAAGGAUAAUAGCGACGCGAACGGAAGCGUUUUAGAGAUCAGAAGAAUGGAAAACGACGUCAUAAUUCUUAACAAUGUCUUUAAGUUUAACGAAGGACUAAAUGUGGUUCUCCUCCAUAACGAGUAUUUUGUAGGUGCCAAAAAACAUAUCACUUUCAUGAACAAUUCACUUCUAAACAACUCAAACACUUGGUCUUCUGGUUGUGAAGUUGAGAUCUCAGGAAUGAAGGAAUAUAAAGUAAUUUCAAUACGCCACAAUAGAUUUAACAGCCAAAGCUUUCCAAAGGAACUUUGCGUAAACAUCACUGCAGACUCACACACCAGCAUUGUGAAUGUGUCCUUAAACUUCUGGGGUUAUGACAACGAGAAUCAAAUUAAGGAGAGAAUCUAUGAUGCUGAGGACAAUUACGAAAGGGCCUUGGCUGUUUUUAUUCCAUUCUUUGGCAGCAUGGGAGAAUUAAUGCAAGGGUCAAACCAAAGCGAUGGCCGCGAAACAUUUGCAACUCGAUAUUUGGGUGGACGUAUUUCAUCUAGCCUUAACCUGUGGAGUAAAUUCAGCCCUUAUAUAGUAAUUUCCGAUGUUACUGUUUUGCCGGACGCUGAACUAAAAAUUCACCCAGGUGUCGAAUUACAGUUUGGCUCAGGUGUUGGUAUGUUGAUUCUUGGUGCUCUCUUUGUGCUGGGAAAUAGGGAGAAUCCUGUAACAUUUUCUCUGCUGAAGAGAAGUCAAACGAAAAUAUCGAUUCCUGUUCGUUUAGUGGAAGGCACAUUCCCGUGGCAAGGACGUUUAGAAGUAUUGCAUAAUGGUAAUUGGACCCCAGUGUGUGUAAACGAAACCAUGACAUUUGGAAGGAAGAACGCUAAAGUGAUAUGUGGAAAACUCGGCUAUCAAGCGCCUGCGUUAAUCAUUUAUGUCGUUCAUUCAUCUUCACUUGGUGCAAUUUUGAAUUGCCGUGGUAAUGAAACAGAGAUUAACGAAUGUCUGUUAUCUUUCCAUAAUGUCAGUGGCAAUUCGACUCGACAAGUUGCCUUACACUGCAAAGGAGGGACGCCCUGGGGAAAUUUAAGAUUUCUUCGCGUAUUUCGGAAUACUUCUUACCCAAUGACAUCACGUCUACAGCAUUUAAAAAUCGAGCACUGUGGUGAAAAACAUGGCAAGAAGGUUGCUGCUAUUGAAAUGAUUCAGAACGUUCCCGAAAUGAAUCACGUGUCUAUUUCAAAUUGCACAGCAGGUGGUAUCAAAGUUUUGUUUCCAGAAAGAGAAGUGUACCUGAGAGACAUGUUCUUGGUCAAUACUGGAGGUUAUGGAGGUGACAUUUUGAUACCAAAACGGAAUUUCACCAUUGAGAAAGUAACGUCGAUGAACAACACACAUGGGUUGAGUUUUCAUGAGUUGGAUGGUCAUUGGAUUGAAGGUGUUUCCUACGGACAAGUUUUGUUGUGCGAUCCAGCAACAAAUGUCACUAUUAGGGAUCGUGAUUUAUUCCUAUACGUUUUUCCACCAUUGAUGAGGUUCUUAAACCUAGGGUUGCACUGCCAUAUGGAGGUUAAAACGGACAGAGAUGCAGGUUUCGCUCUUCAGCUGCUGGUAAUGAAGAAUCUUAGGUCUGUGACGAUAGAAAACCCUUCUGGAAAGAACAUCUUGAAGUUUUCCUCUACAGAUAUAGGACCGCUCUCAAGACGCCGACUGGUUCCGUGGAAUGCUCUCACAGUUUAUUUCGAGGGAUGGUAUUCCAGCGAAAUGCUUUUACAAGUACAACGAGUUAAAUUAAAAGAUAUGCCUUGUACAUUUGAGCGAGGUAGUUGUGGAUGGAGACAAUAUCCUGGAAAUUAUUUUAGAAGCGUCAGCCUGACAUUCCAAUGGAGAUGGCAUGACGACUAUGAUAAGCCUACCGCUAUUCCUGACCAUACUUUUUCGUACGAUGGUAAUACAGGAAAUUAUAUUUGGCUAGGACGCCGCUGGUAUUCGGGAUAUGGCGCCUUUUCCAGCCCGCCCAUUUUCAAGGAAAGCGACUACUGCUCCUUAGAGUUCUACUACAGAUUUUGGAAAGAUUGGUAUGGGCGGGUGUAUGCAUCACUAUCUGUUUUCAUUGAAGAAUUAAAUGGAAAUAGGACAACAUCAUUGUGGUCCACAAGUGAGCUCACGACGUACUGGAAAAAGAAAGUUAUUAAGCUACCGCAGACUUCCUACAAUUACUCGGUUGUCUUCCUUGGGCACUUUUGGGGCCAUGCAUACGUUGUAGUAGAUGACAUGGAAUUCAUUCGGUGCAACUUAUCCCACGUCUUCACCCAUCGUGUAACGGAGAGCGUCUUCAGCGGUAACGUUGAGCAGGGAAUGAGCUACACUUCCACUCAAACCGAAAACCACCUUCUCAGAAUAGAACGUUGUAAAAUUACGGACAAUGGCGGUACGUCAUCAGGAGCGAUUCAUCUCAAUGCUGCAAACCAAGCGUUUGAACUAUUUAACAAUUACCUGGCCGAGAACAGAAAUGGCAGCAUAUAUUCCAGAGUACAUUAUGAAGAGUCACAAUCCAAUAUGCUAAAGAACCACAUUCAUGGCAACACAUUUGAUUCCAACAGAGGAGUAUCUUUGUUCCUGGUAGGAGUAACUGGACCUUAUUUCAACGUUAAAGUAACAAAUAACUAUUUCUCUCGUAAUUUUGCUAAGGAUCCCGAUGGCAAAGUAAACAGUGUUUGCAGAAUAACCAAUUUACGAGCUCAUGUUCAAGGAAAUUGCUUCUACAAUAAUAUUGGACAAUAUGCUUUUGAGUACAACUAUCUUCAAGAAAAUGCUACAGUUCUGCGUUUUCUAAACAACACUUUGUACAAGAACAGUGCUUUGGGUCUCAAUGUCAAUUAUGGAGUAACGAUUCUUUGCAACGGAGCAGCAGAAAUGCACGGAAACGUGUUUCAAAAUCCCGGCAACCGCUACCAAAUUGGUACGACAUUGCAGGGAAAACAAGUUGUUGUUAAUGCGACUUUAAAUUGGUGGGGAGAGAGCGUGGCUAAUUUGAUCGGCUCCCUCAUCAUGGAUGAGACUAAAGACUACCGACUGUCAUUAACAGUAAUAUUCAAGCCGUUUGUUCAGUUGCCACCGCAGAGAGUUAUUUCUGUUUCCUGCCCACCGGAAUGGAUAAAGGACAGCGAACUAUGUUUUUUGUACAAAGGAGGUUCCUUCCGUUUUGUAGAAGCUAAGACAUAUUGUCAGAGCUACGGUGGAAAUAUAAUCGCCAUGUUUUCGGACGGAGACAAAAGGCUCGUGAAAGAUUUGAGACGAGAAGAAUCAAUGAUUUCUUCGGCUGUACCACCUUCCCUGUGGACUAUCAAAAGGGAUUUUAUAACAGAGUCCAAUAAAGACAAUGGAGUGUGCUCCGUUUUUGACAGCCAUGGAAAUAUUACAGAAUCUCAAUGCGAUGAUCUUCAUCCAUUUGUUUGUGUCAGAAGGCCAGUCAUCCACUGCCCAAACGGUUGUUUCCAUAAUGGGGAUUGCAUAGGUGCCAUAUGUUUCUGUUAUCCCGGUUGGACUGGGGAGGACUGUUCUCGAUUUCACUGCCACGACUUGCACAACUGUUCUGGUAAUGGUAAAUGUAUGGGUCCUAACGCUUGCAAGUGCUAUCCCGGAUAUUUGGGUCUUGGCUGCACAUAUUCCUUCUGCGAAAAGUACGAAAGUUGCUCUGAUUGCGUGACAGAUCCUUUUUGUGGAUGGUGUGACAGCUCGCGUUCCUGCCUUGGAGGUUUUGCUGAAGGACCACCCAAAAGAAGUUGUCCCGAUUGGUUCUACUAUCACUGCUACACUGUAGGGGACAAGAGCCGCUGUUCAAGAAAUAUUCCGACUGUGGACUGUGGAGGUAAACAGUGCAAUUUUAGGAAUGGAAGAGGAACUACUGAAUCCUGUCAAAAAUGCCAGGACCUCGACAAAUGUUACAAAAUCGCACAGGAAGAAGGUGAAUGUAGAAGCUGGAAUGAGACUCGCUGUCCUGAUGGCCAAGUUAGUGUGGACUAUACUGACCCACAGAGAGGCGAGAACGUGAAACUCGCUGAAAAUGUGAAAUUUGUCGAGGCAAAUACCACGGUUAUUUACGCCUGUCCGGUGAUUACGGCCCAACAUAAGGACAUUUCACUUGUAUUUGUUGCACCGAAAGUCCUAGAUGUCCGAGCCGGCGAUAUACUGUGCAGUCCUCAAGCCGGAGGGAUUAUGCAUAAAAUAGUUGCAGAAGUCAGCGAUGGCCCAUUUCGAGUGAUGAUGAGCGCCCCGGCAGGCUUGGAGGAAGUCAUUAGGUAUGCAGACUUCAAGAAAAAAGCGACGGUGGAGGACGUGGACGAUGAUUCAACUCUGGAGGAGGAACCGGAUGAAGAGGACUUGGAAUAAAUUAUUUCUGGAAACAUCACGGUUAACUCGAGCCGUAUAAUUGUCCUACCAGACGUGUACAAAUGUCUUGGGCACACGUACGAGAUUGGAAACUCCAUUGUUCACUCUUAUUACCUGGUGAUAGAGAAAAACCUCACGGUCCCCAAGGAAGGCGACAUUGUAGCGUCAAACGUGAGUGGUGGGUUCAUCGAGACUCUCGUUUCAGUUCAUAAAACCAACGACACAGGAUACUUGGAAACAAAGUUUCAGCGAUGCAACGAGAAUUCUCAGUUGAAUUCCACCAGACUGACACAAAGUAGACAGACAUUUUCCCAGUCGGUGUUCUGUAGCGGAGGAGACAACAACCCUGGACUCGUGCUUUCAGCAGCGGGAGAAAGAGUUGAACAUUUUGCAAUCAAUGACUCAGUGGUAGGAAGGCCAAGCCGUGGCUACAUCGCAAAGGUAUUUCCUAAGGAAAAAAUGCAAAUUGUACUUUGACUUCCAUUUGCAAUUAAUUGACAAAUUAAAAGACUAGCAGUUUCUUCUCUUAUGUGGCCUGGAAUGGAUUAAUUCUAACAUGUCAACAGCCCGGUGGCCUCAUGGUUAGUGCGCUCGCCUCCGAAUCGUGUGGUCCGGGUAA